AUUGUUUGGCAGCAAAGGCUGUUCAGGAGCCCGUCCCCCAAUUCCCACCGCCGCUUUCCACGGCUUGCAAUCCUGCUCGCCAUCAUACUUCUUGAGAUACCCAUUCUUGCUGCUUUCACCUCUCGUUGCCCGCCGUCCAGCACAAUUGGAACUCUCUCACACCACUCCCGCCCUCGCGGUUCUAUAAUACGCACGCAGCCCAAUCGACCGCCUCGACCACAAACACGCAGCGGCAGCACGAGACGACUUUCAGAGUCGCCCAUCCUCCAGCAACCAUGGCGUCCAUGCCCGCAGCCACCAUCUACCCACAAAGUCAUGUCGGUUUCGACAGCAUCACGUCCCAGAUCGAGCGCAAGCUGCUGAAGCGCGGCUUCCAGUUCAACAUUAUCUGCGUCGGUCAAACCGGUCUGGGCAAGUCGACUCUGAUCAACACCAUCUUCGCCUCGCACCUGAUCGAGAGCAAGGGCAGGCACCACCCGGAGGAGGUGAUCCGGUCGACGACUGAGAUCCACCCCGUGUCGCACAUCAUCGAGGAGAACGGUGUCCGCCUGCGCCUCAACAUUGUCGAUACUCCUGGAUACGGCGACCUGAUUAACAAUGACCGCUGCUGGGACCCCAUCGUCAAGUACAUCAAGGACCAGCACUCUGCAUACCUCCGCAAGGAGCUCACCGCCCAGCGCGAGCGCUACAUCCAGGACACGCGCAUUCACUGCUGCCUGUUCUUCAUCCAGCCCUCGGGACACUCGCUGAAGCCCAUCGAUAUUGUCGUUCUGAAGAAGCUGUCCGACGUUGUCAAUGUCGUCCCCGUCAUUGCCAAGGCCGACUCCCUGACCCUUGAGGAGCGCAUGGCCUUCAAGGAGCGCAUCAAGGAGGAGUUCUCCUUCCACAACCUGAAGAUGUACCCCUACGAUAAUGAUGACCUCGACGAGGAUGAGCGUUCGGUCAACCAGCAGAUAAAGACUACUGUACCCUUCGCCGUCGUCGGCUCCGAGAAGUCCAUCAUCGUCAACGGCAAGCAGGUCCGCGGGCGCCAGAACAGGUGGGGCGUCAUCAACGUCGAGGACGAGGACCACUGCGAGUUUGUGCAGCUGCGUAACUUCCUGCUGCGGACCCAUCUGCAGGACCUCAUCGAGACGACCUCGCAGAUCCACUACGAGACCUUCCGUGCCAAGCAGCUGCUUGCUCUCAAGGACCCCAGCGCGCAGGGCCAUGGAAGUAGGCCGAUCUCGCCCGCCGCUGACCGCGAGAUGAGCCGCGGCUCGCAAAGGAUGACCAUGAACGGCUACUAGGUGUCGCCAAUCAUAUAUGGUGACUAUCCCGGCGCUGCCUGGCUUCAUUAAUACAUGCCUGGUGGCUGGUCGCCCGGACGGCGGCAUCCAUCACCAUGCGAUCCACUAUUCGCACGACUCCGACUCCCAUAAGCUAUCUCGGCAAAGCAUCCGGGGGAAGGAAGCAGCCACGGGCAAGCCAGGCGAUCUGUUUUGUUUCCGGGUCAUCGGUGAUGUGGGCAUGAAGUCGGCGCAGGUCUAUACCCCUUUGACCUUAAAGAACUGGACGGCUUCUUUCUUUGUUGCUCGGCGGGAACUCCCUUUCCCUUCUCCCUUCCCGCGCUGUGGCUUGGACGCUUAUUCGACACCGACACGAGGCUUUUAUUACGUCUGACUUCUUUUCUCGUAUUACCCCCGGCCGAAAAAGCUUUCCACAGUAUUUUUCCCCUUGACAGUUUUUUCUAAUGAUCCAGCCGCUUCCCCGUUUGGCCCUACUAUAGUAGAGUGUUAGCUUUGAUACCGUUGUGGAAUUCCAUUUGUCUCGACCACA